AUGGCGUGCGGGGCUCGGGGGGUGUAUCCCCCUAACCCCCCCGGGCUCCCCAGCUCCAAAGCCGGCCACAAGCCCCAGGGGGCCCAUGAAUUCACUCUGGUGGAUUGCAUGGUGUACAAUGUUCACUAUACAAUGAGCAUUAAUGGAAAAAUACAAGAUGGAUCAAUGGAAAUAGAUGCUGCAAACAACUUGGAGACAUUCAAAACAGGAAGCGGGAGUGAGGAGGCUGUUGAAGUUCAUGAUUUUCAGAUUGGCAUAACUGGAAUCCGUUUUGCUGAAGGGGAAAAGUGUUACAUCAAAGCUCAGCCAAAAGCUCACGUUCCUGAAGUUGAUGUUAUGACUAAAGCGAGUCUCUCAUCUGAGCUGGAAGAUGAAAUCAUGCCUGUGAGAUUUGACGAAAACUCCCUUAUCUGGGUGGCUGCAGAUGAGCCUAUCAAGCAUAACAGUUUCCUAAGCCCCAAAAUUUUAGAGCUCUGUGGGGAUCUUCCAAUUUUCUGGCUGCGACCAACAUAUCCCAAAGAUAUCCAAAGGAGAGAAAUGAAGAGAAACAAACGCCAGACAGAAUCAAACUUUGAUACAGAAGACAUGGAAGCUGCUGCUGAAGUGAACACCAGAUUGUCCACCAUGCAGCUGACUCAAGAGCUUGAUCACCAAUCUAAUGAAACCAGGCCAAUGGCACAAGAUACGGAUCAAACACUUAAUCCAGACAACCCAUAUAAUCAACUGGAAGGUGAAGGGAUGACUUUUGACCCCAUGCUGGAUCACCUAGGUGUGUGCUGCAUUGAAUGCAGACGAAGUUACACGCAGUGCCAGAGAAUUUGUGAGCCUCUCCUGGGCUACUACCCAUGGCCUUACAACUACCAAGGCUGUCGUACUGCCUGCAGAAUCAUCAUGCCCUGCAGCUGGUGGGUUGCUCGUAUCAUGGGGGUUGUGUGA